AAGAAAAAUGUUUUUUCUUUUUUUUGCAGGAUCGGCAGCAGCUGCAGUCCUCACCCUCCGCGACAUGGAGAGGCUUCUCAUUCCCCGCUUCUUACAGACCGAGAACCAGACUGAGAUGAACUCUGACAUCAUCACCGCCUUCCUACCCAAAACCAAGCACUCCAACUUCUCCCAACCCGUCAACUUCACCAUCCAGCACAAGAAGAAAUCAGAGGCUGGCCUGGUGACCUGUGUGUACUGGGAGGGCAAAGACCAGACAGCGGCGAAGGUGGAUGCCUCCGGGGGCGAGGAAGCGGAGGCCAGCCGCUGGUCGGUAAAGGGCUGUUGGGUGGCAUACUCCGAUGAGAACUACACCAUUUGCAGCUGUUCCCACCUCUCCACCUUCGCUCUCAUCCUGCAGAUCGGAGACCCUCCUCCAGAGGACCCCUUCCUGAAGUGGCUGAACAGAGUGUGUGUGACCAUCGGCCUGUUCUUCUUUGCGCUGGCCAUCGUGACCUUCCUCCUGUGCAGCUGGAACGCCAAGAUCAACAACACGGCCCGUCUGCACCUCUGCAUCAGCCUCGCCUCCUCCCACUUCCUGAUGCUCUGGAUGGACCGAUACGUUGACAAUAAGGUGUUUGUUCACACAGUGGCUUGUAAAGUCAUGGCCGGAGUGCUCCACUUCCUGAUUCUGGCCAGUUUCUCCUGGAUGCUCCUGGAGGCCCUGCAGCUCUUCCUCCUGGUCCGGAGACUUUCCAAGGUCCAGGUCAUCCAGAGGGACGGCCUCCCUACACCAGUGCUGUACCUGAUUGGCUAUGGCGCACCGUUUGUGAUUCUGGGCGUGUCUGCAGCGGUGUUCUCUGAUGGAUAUGGUGCCACAGACUCACAGGCGUGCUGGCUAUCGACAGAACGCAGCUUCAACUGGGCUCUGACAGGGCCUGUGGUCGCUCUCCUUGGUAUGAAUUUGGUGCUGUUCUUUGCCACCCUGGUGUGCCUGAGGCCCACCCUGGCCAGCAUGAAGAGUGAUGUGUCGCAGUCCAAGGACACCAGGUUGAUCGUGUUCAAGAUCCUGGCCCAGUCUGUCAUCCUGGGCUGCACUUGGAUCCUGGGCCUGUACCAGGCCAACCUCUUCUUCCAGGUGCUCUUCAUCCUGCUCAACUCCCAGCAGGGCACCUUCCUCUUCAUCGUGCACUGUCUGCUCAACAAGGAGGUAAGGGGAGAGUACUUCAAAUGGCUGUCCUGCUCAUUCAGGAAAUCUGGAAAUGCUGGAACAGCGAAAGACUUUCAUUCCGGUUCAGACAACAUGGACGCCACUGAGGAGCAAGAAAAGAAGUGAUGGUGAAAAGAGGAGAAUAAAAAAAGGAAAGCAAUGGAUGUAAAACAUUAUGCCUUAGAUUAAUGUAUUCAUAACGCAUGUAAACACUAGGCAAAAACUGUUCCAUGCAUCAUGUGUAAGUCCCUUUCUCGUGUCAAGGUUUGUUUGUCAUUGUUUUGUUAUACCCGCCCUUUUUGUCUGGUAAAUAAGUAAGUGAAAAAAGUGUAAAAUAUCCUUACUUUUGAGUUCGAUAUUGUCAUGUUCACAUAAUAUACUGAAUAUCUUACAACUUCAUACCAAUUCAAAGUUAACCCAUUUAGAUUUGAAGAAGAUUAUUUAAUCACGGUAUAGUUCCCAUCUCCUUUGUCCCAAAUCGACCACAGAGCCAAGAUGCAUUGUUUAAUCCUUCAUUCUCUCACAGAAUACCAAGACAACAAAUCCCAUCCUGCUACAUGGAUUACUCCGUUGUUGUUAAUUAUCACAAACAAUGUGUCAAAACACAUGACAAGGGAUGUCCCAUCUGUAUAGGGUUCCGUUAGUAAACUUUUGCUCUGAAAAAACUUGCUUCAAACACUCUGCAAUGCAUUCUUUGUUCCACUCGACAUGCAGUAAACAGCCCUCUUAUUGCAUCCAUAUCGGUAAACAUCAUUCACAUAAUGAUCACUUCCUGUUAUGUGUAUCGAUCGUUCAUCUCGUUAGCAGUCUGCGCUACAAGCCAAUGUGUUCCACUGCGGGAUGUGAAUACAGGGAUGCUUUUGAUAACAUGUCGGUGUGCAGUUGUAUUGCAACAGUAUUGUUUUGGAUACCGGCUUCCCCUGAAAGAGUGCUAGCCUACUUUCUGUUAUCGAACAGGGAAACAACCUCAAAAGCAAAAGUUACCAAAACAUGGAUCUAUUAAAGAAUGGACACUAGUCAUGGGUGAUUCAUGAAUAACUAGUUCUCUUUGAACAAAUCUGUUGUGCGAUCCAACCCUACGAUCCAAAUCUGCGAGGGGAUCGUACAUUUCAUUGAUUCUUUCUUGGAUUUGCACAUGCACAAAAUGUCUAAGAUCUGCUACGUAUGAUCUGUAGUGGAUCGUUCAUUUACUUCCUAUUGAUCACUAUUGACCCUUUUUUAUUUGAUGUUUGUGUAUUAAAGUAGAUCCUCAGACACAGGUGCAUUGUUUUUAGUGUGCCAAGCAAAAAAAGAAUUAUGGUGAUUGAUUUCUUUUUUUUUUUAAU